AUGGAGAGAGAGAUCCAAAACGAUGCGUUUAAUGGCAGAGUGAUGACUGAUGAGCAAAUGGAAGUUCUUCGGAAGCAAAUCGCCAUUUACUCAACCAUUUGUGAUCAACUCGUCCUCCUCCACAAUUCUCUCUCAUCAGGAAUGAAUCAAAUCGGAGGCGGAUACUUUGAUCCGAUGAUGGCAACGUCAAGUGCUCAAAGACUAUCAUCGACUCGGCAUAGAUGGACUCCGACUUCGACACAACUUCAGAGACUUGAGAGCAUUUACGAGGAAGGAAGUGGAACACCAAAUCCACGAAGGAUUAAAGAGAUCGCUACGGAGUUGUCUGAACACGGACAAAUCACUGAAAAAAAUGUCUACAAUUGGUUUCAAAACCGACGAGCUAGGUCCAAACGAAAGCAGCCUCCGACUACUACGGAGGCUGAUCAAGCCGACGAACCGGCGGUGGUGACGACUGAGGAGAGGAGGAGUUGUGGAGAUUCUGGAGGGUUUGAGUCUUAUGACCAUAUACUCUUCCCGAGUCCUGAUUUAGGGAUUGAGCAUUUGCUGAGUAGGGGGAAGUUUCUGGAGAGCUAA